AUGGAAGAAUAUGACCCCGAUCUAGUCCCGACCCAAGAAUUCAAGAUCCUACACAAUCUCGUCACGGAUCCAGAUGCAUCGGCAGCAGACGCAGUACAACAAGUCCUUGACCUGACCACAACAGAAAUCCUAGCCAAAAAUGACACACCCGGAAGCAACUUCGACAGCGAUGUUGCUUGGAAUAUUUGUGUCUUAAUUAUCGAUAUCGCCGCAAACACUGCACCAACGCGGCAGACUAAGCUUCUUGAUUUCGUCUCACGGAUUCGAAAAGUCACCGUGGCCGACCCGAGGACGGGGGAGAAGGUUGGAUGUGGGAAUUUCGGUUAUCUUUGGACAGAUUUGCAUUCUUUUGGGAUGCAUGCUGCUGACAUGUUUAUCCAUCAUCAUUCCCACACGCCAAAGGAGCUAGAAAAGUGGGAGAACAAUACUGCCUUUAUUGCGCAGAGCACGGCUGCUGCUGCUAUCACUCGCAACGGCAAACCCACACACAGGAUGGAUUUCUCAAUCUAUGGACUGUAUGCAUGCCGUGAUGCUUUUGAGGAAGAAAAUCAGUAUAAAUCUGCUGUGCGAACGGCAUGUUUGUGGUUCAUAUAUGCCGCAGGAUCGAUGUUGGGAAAUUGCAAAGUUGGACGGGUUUACGAUCUCCAUGAUCCCCCGGAAAGAGGGUUUGAUUUGGAUAGGUGGCAUGCUUGGAAACAGGGCUUGGUCCGCACUCAAGCUGGCUAUGGAGAUGAGAGGACACAAGAGCUUGUUAGAAUUGCCCUGGAACGGAUUGCUCAGGUUGAAGCAGAGAGAUUGAACUGA